AAUUUCUUUUGUACAAAAAAUCAAACGAUGACUAAAGCCACAGUUCUUCUUGCAAUCUUUACGAUCGUCCUCGUUUUUGGGAUGGUGACGGCAGAGAUGUGUCAUGAUAUUCUAAUGAGAGGUCAAAACUGUGUCGCAGCCACCUGUGCCUCUCUCUGUAAGCAAAAAUGGAAUGGAACUGGCUUGUGCUUCCCAAACGUAUCUAUUCAGAGCUGCCUCUGCACCUUUCCUUGCAAAUCUUGAUUUUUUUUAUUUUUUAUUUUUUGCGUUUUUAAAAUAUUGUUAUCUAUAAACAAUAAU